GAAUGCGUAGCUUUGUUUUGUUUGACGUAGCACUGACAUGUCGACUCUGAGCUAUUUGAAGGCUAGUAGAUCUAGAACCGACUAGGGGGCCGAUUCUGCCGGCGUUUUCAAAUUAUUUAUAUUUUCAAAGUUUUCAUAAAAUGGAUGAUGUUAGCGUAGAUAUUAGUGGAAAUAUGAAUGUCCCUGGACCAACAGUUAAGGAUGCCAUUGGCAGCGCCACAGAGCCGAAUUCAAAAAUAAGUUUCUCGAAUAUAACAACGAAACUGCCAACAUCCAUUGGACAGAUACUUAAACAAGUGCGGAAGGACCUGCGACCUGUUUCCGAAUUUUUUAAUGUCAACAACUUCAAGAAGCCGACAAGUAUUCAACGACUUAUGAAUCGAUUAACACGGAAUCUCAGUUAUUUUCAAAGUAAUUACAUAUGCGUGUUCCUAAUUUUAAUGGCAUACUGUCUAAUAACGUCGCCAUUGAUAUUAUUUGUUUUGGCCGGAGUACUUUUUGCUUGCUACCAAGUUCGACUGGCUAAUACACAGUUCACAAUUUUUGGGAAAACGUUAAACACAUCACAACAGUGUCUGAUCAUUAACUGUAUGGCAGCGCCUAUCCUAUAUUUAGUAGGAGCUGGAGCGGCUCUCUUUUGGACAUUGGGUGCCUCACUUUUUCUUAUAAUGCUGCAUGCAUCGUCUUAUAAUAUUGAUGCAAUCGUUACAGAGGAUAUGGAAGGAUUUUUAACCGAGGUUGUAUGAUGAAUGCAACGAUAGAGUGACCAUCACUGCGCCAAAAUAUUCACUAUCUUAUUUUUCGGCUAAAAGCUGAGAUCUACAAAUAUUAUUUUCAGAAUGUUUUACUAUGUACUGUUAUGUAUAAUAAAAACAACAAAUUUGAAGCUA